AUGUCUCAAGUCUCCGGCAAGAAAGAAACUGUGAAAGGCAAGAUUGAGAAGACUUCUGGAGGAGUCAAGGUAAUGGGAUUGAAAGCAAGUUCCUCCGCUCAAUCCAAGAAGGUUGUUGGCAACAAGUCUCGUGCAUCCAUUGAGAAACAUCUUGACACCACUCUGCGAUUGAAAAUCUCUCCAGAUGUUUCUUCAUCCUCCAAAGACUCUGAUUCAGAGAGUGCAGACACCAAGGAAGUCUCUUCAGAAGAGUCGUCCAAAGCCCUUCCAACGGUUCUGGAGAUUUCUGAUGAUGACGACUUAGAUGAAGUUCCAUUGGCAAGUGUGGCUGAUAGAUUGCUGAAAAGAAAAAGGGUUCCUGUUGAAGAAACCCCUUCUGUUCAAAAGAAGAAAGUCAAUUCCACUCCUGUCUCUUACAAAUCAAGACAAGUAGAUGUGACAGUGAAAGGCAAGCAAAAGGCUGUGGAGUCUUCUGGCAAGAGAGUUAAGAAGACUACUGAGAAGAAGAAGAAAGUUUCCAGGGUGGACUUGGAAUCUGAUUCAGAUGUAGAAGCCGAUGUCCUGGACAUCACGGCUUCUGGGAAGAAGAAAUUCUCUGGUAAGCGUGUUCCUCAGGAUGUUCCCUCUGUUCCUCUUGAUAAUGUCUCCUUUCAUGCUGCUGAGAAUGCUCUCAAGUGGAAGUUUGUGUACCAGCGUCGAAUUGCAAAAGAGAGGGAAAUUGGUUUUGAUGUUUUGGAAUGCAAGGAGAUUAUUGCUCAUAUCACAAGGGCUGGUCUGAGAAAGACUGUUCUGGAUAUUGGAAGGAGUGUGGUUGAGUUUGUUGAAGAAGAGCUGUCUUUGGACAAUGUUGCUGAGGAAUUGACUGCAGGGAAGGUGAAGAAAUGGCCUUCUAAGAAGUUACUGUCUCCGGGGUUUUCAAGUGUGAAGUAUGCUAUUCUCAACAGGAUUGGAGUGGUAAAUUGGAUUCCCUCUAAUCAUACUUCUGGUGUCUCUGCUAUAUUAGCCAAACUCAUUUACCGCAUAGGGACUGAGAUACAUUUUGAUUUUGGCUCUUUUGUGUUUACUCAAACCCUGAAGCAUGCUGAGACUUGUGCAGUGAAGCUUCCUGUCUCUUUUCCAUCACUUCUGACUACUAUCAUACUGAAACAACAUCCUCAUGUUCUUGGUGUGAAUGAUGUGUCCUUUCCCAGGGGAAAUCCUAUUACCUUGGAUCAUCACUUAUUCUUGGAACCUCAUGUCCUGGACAUUGAUCUGCCAUCCAAUAGGACAUCUGUGCCUGUUUCUAUGUCAGCUUCUGGAACAAAGAGUGUUCUUUCUGAAUUGGAAGAUAUUUCUAAGGAAUUGCAAGAAACCAUCAGGGCUGCUGCUGCAAGGAAGCUUAAGGUGGAUGCGUUGAUUCAAAGUCUCAAGGAGGAAGCUGGUCAAGAGGGUGAGUUUGCAGCUGCUGCUGAGAAGGAAGGAUCUGCAGAUAAUGAAGAGGAGCACUCUUCUUCUUCUGAUGUUUAG